AUGAGGGACCGUCUGGCAGAGCUGCAGCAGCGCGUGGCGGCCGAGGGGGACCCGCACGAGGACACCCCGGGCUUCGACAACCCGGCACUGGCCGAGGAUGAUGCCAGCCCCGUGGGGCGGGCGCUGCAGGAGGCGGCCGAGCUGUGGCGGGCGCUGGACCAGCUGGAGCAGCUCUCGGAGACCAUCGACAGGACGCAGCAGACGGUGCUGUGCUGCACCUCGGAGCAGAGCAUGGCCCGGGAGAAGCGGGGCCUGGGCGCCGCCCGAACCGCCUUCGCCCGCCAGGCCGCGGCCCUGCAGCCCCGGCUGGGCGCUCUGCCCACGGGCCCGGCGGGGGGCUCGGGGCGAGCGGGGCCCCGCGUGCGCCAGACGCAGCUCUGGCUGCUGGUGAGGAGGUUCGGCGCCGUCCUCGCCCGCCACUACGCCCGGGAGAGCCGCUACCGCCAGCGCCUCAAGGAGCAGAUCCAGAGGCAGGCGGAGCUGGCGGGCAUCGCCCUGGGCGCUCAGGACGUGGAGCAGCUGGCCGAGAGCCCUGCGGGGCCGCGCAUCGUCGGCCAGGACCUGGAGGAGCUCGAGGCCAAGCACCACCUCAGCGUGGCCCAGGCGCGCCAGCGGCAGCUCCUGGAGCUGGAGGCGCAGAUGGCGGAGCUGCGGGGGCUGUUCCUGCAGCUGGAGGGGCUGCUGGCCCAGCAGCACGGGGCGGCCGACAGCGUGGAGCAGCACGUGCUGCGCUCCCUCGACUGCGCCGCGCAGGCCGAGGUGAAGAGGGCCCGGCGGUACCAGCGCCCGUCCCGGCUCUCGGCCCUGCUCAGCGCGGCCCUCGGGCUCUGCAGCUGCUGCCCCUGCCUACCUGGCCCUCGGGGCCUCCGCUGA